GCCCCUGCUCAUAGAUUAUAAUGGGACAGGACAGGUGCGGGGCUUGGUCACUGGAGUAGAGCUGCAGCAGGCAGUGGACCCAGGGUUAAGCUCUGAGUUCCUAUAUUUCCCCAGCUACAACAGGACCUGUUGAUGAGCAACAUGCUGCAGAUGAACUACACGGACGCGCACCUGCCGCUGUCCGAGUACAGCUUCGAGCGGCGCUUUGACGAAAGAGGAGCCAUAGAGUGGAUGCAGGCGAACUGGAGCAAGUCUUUUGUCUUCAGUGCUCUGUACGCCACCCUGGUGUUUGGCGGUCAGCACUACAUGAAGCUUCGGCCCAAAAUGAACCUGCGGCGGCCCCUUGUCCUCUGGUCACUGAGCCUUGCACUCUUCAGCAUCAUUGGUGCGGUUCGUACUGGCUCUUACAUGCUCCACAUCCUCAGCAGUGGCGGCUUCAGACAGUCCAUCUGCGAUCAGAGCUUCUACAUUGGACCGGUCAGCAAGUUCUGGGCCUACGCCUUUGUCCUGAGUAAAGCUCCCGAGCUCGGCGACACAGUGUUCAUCGUGCUGCGGAAGCAGAAGCUGCUCUUCCUGCACUGGUACCACCACAUCACCGUGCUGCUCUACUCCUGGUACUCCUACAAAGACAUGGUGGCCGGCGGUGGCUGGUUCAUGACCAUGAACUACGCCGUGCAUGCGCUUAUGUACAGCUACUACGCGGCACGUGCUGCCAGCCUACGUGUACCGCGGCCUUUCGCCGUGCUGAUCACCAGUGCUCAGAUCACCCAGAUGGCCAUGGGGCUGAUGGUGACGGGACUGGUUUACCUCUGGCUGCAGCAGGGCGACUGCCCCUCCCGCAUCGACAACAUCACCUGGGCCGCACUCAUGUACCUCAGCUACCUGCUGCUCUUCUCCAACUUCUUCUAUCAGACGUACCUGCGCCGCCGCGAUGCUGAGGCCAAGACCAGCAAGGCUGAGUAGAUCAGAUCACCACUGGACUCUGUGGUGUGUCUUGCUCCUGACUGACACACUGACAUUUCCAUGCCGUUAAGACCUUGGCAUUUUUCUCUCCAAACAAGUUUAUUCCAGGAUGGAGAAUCCUCUGAAUGACGCUGGGAGCAUCACGGUGAACAUUGAGCUGGUCUGCUCACUAAUGGGUCAGGGAACAGUUUCUAAUCAUGGUGAACAUUGAGCUGGUCUGCUCACUAAUGGGUCAGGGAACAGUUUCUAAUCUCCCCAAGGGGCUGAUACAGCUCUGAUCGUAGCGCUGCAGUCAUUGUGACUGAUUCAACUGCAGCCCUGGUCAGCUACUGAGCUUCAGGGUUUCAACCUGGGAAGAACUGGUUGCUCUUCUUGUUUCACGCACGUCGUCCCCUUGGGCUCUACCGGGAAACUGAUGGGCGUGUGUUUCUGCUGCUUUCUAGCCCUAAAGAUUCAUCACUGCAGUCAAACAGUCAGCACAUGGAACAGUAAUGAAAAUGCUUGGCAGUUGGAGCCAUAGUUCCAAGACUGAUCCGCAGCAGGUUGAGUGAACUAAACAGAUUGAUGCACGCUGUUGUUUCCCUCUGGUACUGAAACUUUGGCUUUUUAUUACUGAUGAAUCUGCAUCUUCUUCUCGAGUAUUUAUUCUGUUGCAGUGGCUCCUGGAGACCAAAGGUCAACGCACGUCCCGUUUUGUGCAAACACCAGAACACUCAUCACACUGGAGACGCUCUCCUCACAGGGGUACUAAUAAUCAUUAGUCAGUCAAAAUGCAUUUCACGUCACUGGUGUGGCUCAGUAACAGCUGAAGUUGUACAACAACUGCACCAUAAUAAAAGUUUAAAAGCUCAGUACUAAUUUAAACAUACUUGGUUUUGUACUUAAGUUUUUAAAAGCUGAGCCUAAAAUUUCAACAGAGCAGAAAGCAACCGCAUAUAAACUCCUGAUGCGCACACACACACACACACACAACCAGCAGAUGAAAUCUGUCUCUCCUGUCUGGUUGAACUGGUUUCACCUGCAUUCCAGUCUGUGGUGACGACGCUGCUCAGGUGUGUUGUCUGUUUGAGGCGCACUGUGAUUGGUUUGUGUUCUGGUGCUGCACAAAUCAGAUGCCUCCUCCCUGAUGUCUGAAAACUCGCCAGUCAAAUGAAUUCCUCAGUGACCAGAGCAGCUUCCUCCCCUGCUCUCAUGAACCUGUAAAUGCGUGACACGAUGCCUCCUUUUGGUUUUAACUUCUAGACGUUGAACAACAGAUUUUCUCCUACUUGAUUCUGGUUAGUGAAAGUCCCAGUAUUUCUGAUGGUGCAGGAGAUUGGGCCGGUUCAAGACAAACUAUGAUCCUGUUGGAUCCUCAUCUGUAAAAUGAUAUUUAACACCCAGGUCACAAAUGUCCAGUUUAGUCAAAAGAUGAAGCAACGAAUAAUUGCAUUGGGAGAUUUAACCAGCGAGUCGUGUUAGUUAAACGUCUUGUCAGAUCAACAGUCCAAAAUAUACAGCUAUUAAAACUGUACAGAGAAGCAGCUGCUGGAACUUUCCAGGUGAAAACUCCUUGUUCCCCUUUUCUUGUUUGAUUCACUUCAGUAUCAAACUUGCUCCUGGUAAAGUUUUACAUGGGAUGAUUUGUCUAAUGAUUUCAGUUCUACAGCAGCAGACAUCUACUUGAGUCCAGCCAUGAGAGGUUUGUGCUGCUGCUGUGAUUGGAUGAAGCUCAAACGUGAGACGUUUCCCUGACAGUUCACACAUGACGAUGCGACCCAGACUGUUUCAGAGGUUUCUCAUCCGCCUAGUUUUCAUUGCACAGAUAAAUUUUUCUAACUGAGAAACAAAACUUAGUUUCACCUCCACAAAAUAUUUGUCACGUUAGUUUUAUUUAAAUCACAAUGAAGAGUAUGACUUUAUGCAUCUUAUUUUGCACCAGAGGUUGUGACUUUUGUUU